AGCAAUCGGCGGCGGCGGUGCCCGCGGAGAGACGGAGGGCGCCGGGCCGCGGGGGCCCAGAACCUGCCCUGCCUCUCGAGCCAAGGAGGAGACCUAGAGGCAGAAGGGACAAACGGGGUCGGAGAACCUGGCUUCUGCUCCCAGCGAAGCGCGGCGGUCAGCGGGGAGGGCCUAGGCCAGCAGCCCCAGGACCAUCCGCUAUGUCCUCCGCCGUGAACAACGGGGCGGCCAGCAUGCCGUCCCCACCGGACGCCGCGAAUGGCUUCCCCCAGCCCGGGGCCUCCUCGGGUGCCUGGCCACGGACAGAGGAGGAGCUGCGCGCCGCGGAGUCCGGUGCGGUGAAACGCGCUCACCGUGAGAUCCUCGACCACGAGCGCAAGCGGCGUGUGGAGCUCAAGUGCAUGGAGCUGCAGGAGAUGAUGGAGGAGCAGGGGUACUCAGAGGAAGAGACCCGGCAGAAGGUCAGGACUUUUCGGCAAAUGCUGAUGGAGAAGGAGGGAAUGCUCACCAGGGAAGACCGGCCUGGGGGCCACAUCAUGGCGGAGACCCCGCGGCUGACGGAGGGCCUGGAGCCAGGCCUGGCCUACGCGCCCUUCGACGACGACGACGACGGCCUGGUGGACUGCGACUGCCCAGCCGCCUGCUACCGCGGCCACCGGGGGUACAGGACCAAGCACUGGUCCAGCAGCUCAACGUCGCCCCCUCCCAAGAAAAAGAAGAAAAAGAAAGGCGGCCACCGGAGAAGCCGCAAAAAGAGGAGACUAGACUCGGAGUGCAGCUGUGGGAGCUCCUCACCCCUUCGCAAGAAAAAGAAAAGUGUGAAGAAGCAUCGCAGAGACAGGUCUGAUUCUGGGUCCCGGAGGAAGAGGCGGCACAGAUCUCGAAGCCCCAAGAGCAAAAGAAAAGAGAAGAACAAAGAGAGGAAAAGGCCACAUGCAGAGGCCCCUGGCUGCAGGUCCCAUCGCCAUAGCAGUGGCAGCUCCCACAGCCCCUCCCUCUCCUCUCACUACAGUGAUUCCAGAUCACCCAGCAGGCUGAGCCCUAAGCACCGAGAAGACGGGCGGAAGACUGGAAGCCAGCGGUCCAGCGGGAGCCGGUCGCCUUCCCCAUCUGGCGGCAGCGGAUGGGGUUCGCCCCAGCAGAAUGGCGGCAGCCGGCAGCGGAGCGGAGAGCAAGGCGGCCGACCGGGCUCGGCUCCCAGCCCGCCCGAUAAGCCCAGCUCGCCCUCGCCCAGGGCCCGCGACCAGGCAGAGGCCGACGCAGCCACACCGCCCGCGCGGGGCAAGGAGAGCCCCAGCCCGCGCUCGGCGCCGUCGUCUCAGGGCAGAGGAGGGCACGGCGACCCCGAGGGGAAGAGUUCGUCGCGCAGCCCGGGCCCCCACCCGCGGUCCUGGAGCUCCAGCCGCUCGCCGUCGGCGGAGAAGAGGCCGCGCAGCCCCAGCCGCUCGCCCUCGCCCAAGAAAACCCCGGGCUGGGACAAGGACAGCGACAGCCGCGCCCGCCACGCCGAGGCCGAGGCCGCCCGCGCCCGGCGCCGCUCCCGCAGCUACUCGCCCAUCCGCAAGCGGCGCCGGGACUCGCCCAGCUUCAUGGAGCCCCGGCGCAUCACCAGUGCCCGAAAGCGCCCCAUCCCCUACUACCGGCCCAGCCCCUCGUCCUCCUCCAGCUGCCUGAGCAGCGACUACUCCAGCCGCAGCCCCAGCCGCAGCCCCAGCCCUGGCCACAGCCAUGGAAGCUACAGCAGCCGAAGCCGAGGGACCCGCAGCCGCACGCGCAGCCCCUCCCGGACCCCCAGUCCCAGCUACCACAGCCGGAGCAGCUCAGAGAGUGGGGGUUUCUGAGUCCAGACAGACCCAGCUUGGUGCCUCCGGCACAGGAAGAGGCGAGGCGUCAGGCCUCAGGACCCAUGGUGGGGGGUUCAUACCCCACCACUACAAAAAGGUCCCCGGGCCAGGGAAGACCUUGAGGGUGAACACCCUGCAGACAAGGAGGAGCUGGAUUCUGUUGCUUCUAGAGGGUCCCUCCCCCCACCUCCUCCCACCCUCCAUGUCCAGGGAACAAAGAGCCGCUAUGAACACAGGGAUUGCUCUGCUGCCCCUUCCUGCUUGAUGCCUGCUUACUAGGCUAGGGACCUCAGCUCAGGGGACCCAGGGGCACCUCUGAAAGUGCCAGACCUGGGGGCCUCCCCUCUCCACUCUGCAGGGCCCUCAGCUCCUCUUUACUACUGGCCAACAAGAAGGUGUGUCAGCCCAAGAACCAUCUAGUUAGAAGAAAGACUGGUCUAGUCCUCGGCGCACCACAGUCCAGACUGGGGGCAGCAUCUUGAGUAAGCUGCAGAGGGCUGGGGCUGUGAGCUGGAGGCUGGGCUCAGUGCCUCCCUAAACCCCGCCCCUGGCCCAGGAGGGCUGGUUGAGGCAGUGUCUAAGAGGAGGAUGGCCUCUAGGCCCCAGCCUGAGGACCAAGGAGCUCACUCCUGAUCCCACCUUCCUAGACCAGGGUCUGGCCUCCAGCCCUCACCCCGUGCCCUGGGCCAAGGCCAUACCAGCCAUGCCUUCUGCGUGACAAGAGGCAGGCAGGCAGACCACAGCAGCAGCUGCCCCCGAGAGCAAACAGGACCCAGGUCAGCAGGUGCGAGAGAGGAGGGCCUGGAGGAGCCUGUGAGCAGGACCAAUGCAGCCUGCCCAUGAGCGUACCGGAGUCCCCACGUGUCCAGGGUGGGUCAUAGGCCAGAUGGCAGCGCAGGGUCACAGGCAUAGGGGAACAUGCACUUGGGACCUGCCAUGGAGCACUUCCUCCUCGGGCCCGGUGGUCAGCUGAGGCUCCCCAGAGUGGAGGUGCUGUAGCCCUUCCAGGGCAGGAGAGGGUCUAGACCGAGGGCCUUGGCCUGGGCAUCAAUGGGGGAGAAGUCACCCCAGCCCUCUUCUGCUGCUCCCAGCCCCCUCCUCCCGGGGCCCUCAGGGAUCUCACGAAGUCUUCCUUGGCCCAGCAGGGCAGAUGCCCUGGGCUCCAGCCGGGGGGAGGGGUCUGGGGUGUGGUCCGGGUUCCCCUCUAUUUUCUCCUCCCUCUUUCUCCGCGGUGCGGAUAAAAAUUGGACUCUAAUAAAACACUCGGUGCCCAGA